UAUCGACUCUGGUUUUCCGUCUUUGUCCAGGUUUAUUUGGGAAUGGCCUCCUGGAUGCUGGAUCUUCUUUGCCCUCUAACAGCACUGACCCCGGGCCGAUGAUGUCCGACAACGGGACGAUGGCUCCGCAGUCCGGCACGCAGCAGGUCCUGACUAACACCCCUCCACAGUGGGACUCGGCACACUGGAUGCCUCGUGCAGACACCUCUUCGUCCUCAUCCUCAUCCUCGUCUCCAUCGGUGGACCCCACUGCUGCGGCCGCUGUGGACCGGUGGACGUCUGUCUCCACGGUGACCAGCAUCAGCGCAGACGCUGGGUUAUGCUUUGACAUCACGGAGAUUCAGUGUAACAUGCUGCCGUACAACCAGAGCGGAGUGUUGCCAGGGACAACGGUCGUCAAGAGCAGCGAGCUGCAGAUGUUCCUGAAGUUCUUCAGUUACCUGAAUCAACUGUCCUGCUAUAGACACAUCAUGCUGUUCGGAUGCUCCAUCGCACUCCCACAAUGCAUCAGCCACAGAGACCGCAGGAAUCUGGUUCUGCCCUGUCAGUCGUUCUGCGAAGCGGCUCGUGAGGGCUGUGAGCCUGUGCUGCAGAUGUUUAACGCAUCCUGGCCGGAGUUCCUGCGCUGCUCUCAGUUCACCAACAACACGGGAACGAAUGCCGAAAACACGCCGCUCUGCUACACGCCGCGACACGCCAAAGGAAAGCUCUCUGCGUGUGGAAGAAGCGAUCACUUCCUGUGUGCGACCGGAAUAUGCAUCCCCCUGAAACUAGUGUGCAAUGGAUACAACGACUGCGACGACUGGAGCGACGAGGCCGAUUGCACUUGUGUGGAUGGUCAGUAUUUGUGUACUACCGGUCGCUGUAUCAGUCCUGAUCUUCGGUGCGACGGCUACGAUGACUGUGGUGAUCUGAGCGAUGAGCAAAACUGUGUGUGUGACCCGACUGAAGAGCAUCGCUGUGGAGAAGGACGCUGUAUUCCUCGAGACUGGCUCUGUGAUGGAGAUCACGACUGUCUGGACAAAAGUGAUGAGCUGAACUGCUCGUGUAAGUCCCAGGGUUUAGUGGAGUGCAGGAACAAGCAGUGUAUUCCCAGCGCCUUCCGCUGUGAUGGUGAAGAUGACUGUAAAGAUGGCAGCGAUGAAGAGAACUGCACACAACAACAGACUCAGGGUUUGUGUCCUCCUGGUCAGUCCAGUUGUACUUCAACCUCCUGCUCCUCUGGUUGUCAUGGAAACACGUCAUGUGACCUGCGCAAUGCUGGCAACAACUGCAGUGGCUGUGAGCCCAUCUCUCUGGAGAUCUGCAUGAAUCUGCACUAUAACUCCACCAGAUUCCCCAACUAUCUGGGUCAUCACUCUCAGAAGGAGACGUCCAUGAGCUGGGAGUCCUCGCUCUUUCCUGUGCUCGUUCAGACUAACUGCUAUAAAUAUCUGAUGUUCUUUGCGUGUACGGUGCUUGUGCCGAUGUGUGACCCUGUAACGCAGCAGAGAGUGCCGCCCUGCAGGUCUUUGUGUAGGAAUUCAAAGGAGCGAUGUGAAUCAGUGCUAAGAAUUGUGGGAUUACAGUGGCCUGAGGAUACAAACUGCACUCAGUUUCCAGAAGAAGGUCAAGAAAAUAGUUCCUGUUUGCUUCCUGACCCAGAAGUGAAUGAGUGCUCACCCAGUCACUUUAAGUGCCGCUCGGGGAGAUGCGUCCUCUCUUCCAAACGCUGUGAUGGACACACAGACUGUGACGACGACAGUGACGAGGAAACAUGCGGGUGUGUGGAGCGGGGCUUAUGGGAAUGUCCUGGAGACAAAACCUGCAUCCGUCACAACAUGAUCUGUGACGGCUUUCCUGACUGCAGCCAGCAGGAGGACGAGAAGAACUGCUCUGCGUGCAGCAGUCAUGAGAUGGAGUGUAAUAAUCAUCAGUGUGUUCACCGAUCGCUGUGGUGUGACGGCAGGAGACACUGCUCUGACAGCUCAGACGAGUGGAACUGUGUGUCUCUGUCUGACGAGGGUUUGGUAACGGUGCAUAAGGCUGGGAUGGAGUAUCGGGUUUGUGCGGAUGCAUGGAGUUCAAACCUCAGCAGCGUCGCGUGUACACAGAUGGGUUUAGGAUCUCCUCUCUCUGCAGACGCGGUGCUGGAUGUGUCCUCUGCUGUGGGACGGAGACGCUGGCUGCAUGUCGACCCAGACUGGAAUCCACAGAACAUGUUUCCUCUACAAGGCCUGCUGGGAAAGCGAGGGCAGAGCUGUACAUCAUCCAAGAAGAUCUCUCUGAAGUGCACAAGAGACAAAUGUGGCCGUCGGCCUGCUGCCCGGAUGGUGAAGAGGAUUCUGGGAGGCAGAACGAGUCGCCCGGGCCGGUGGCCAUGGCAGUGCUCUCUACAGAGUGAGCCCAGUGGACACAUCUGCGGCUGUGUGCUCAUCGGGAACAAGUGGGCACUGACUGUAGCACACUGCUUUGAGGGGCGUGAGAGUACAGACGUGUGGAAAGUGGUUCUUGGCAUCAAUAAUCUGGAUCAUCCGUCUCCAUACAUGCAGUCGCGGCAUGUCAAAAGCAUCAUCGUCCACUCGCGCUACAACCGGGCCGUGGUGGACUACGACAUCAGCAUGCUGGAGCUGGAGUCAGAGGUGGAGGUGACCAGUUACGUGCGUCCCGUGUGUCUGCCCGGCCGCGGACAGCUGCCCAAAGCUGACCAGUACUGCCACAUCACGGGCUGGGGACACGUGGGGAACAGAAUGCCGUUCAAGCUCCAGGAGGGAGAGGUGCGGAUCAUCUCGGUCUCUCAGUGUCAGACUUACUUCGACAUGAAGACCAUCACGUCACGCAUGCUUUGUGCCGGAUACGAGGCGGGAACCAUCGACUCUUGCAUGGGUGACAGCGGUGGUCCUCUGGUCUGCGAGGAGGACGACGGCCGCUGGUCUCUGUACGGUUUGACCUCCUGGGGGUCUGUGUGUUUCUCUAAGGUCCUGGGCCCCGGCGUCUACGCCAAUGUGACACACUUCACCGAGUGGAUCGAGAGACAGAUUUACCUGCGCACGUUUAACCUGCUGUAGGUGAACACACACACACUCAUAAACACACACACACACACUCAUAAACACACACACACACACACACACACACUCACACAGCUGGAGAUGAACUGCGCUUCACUGCACUGAACAAGGAGAACAAGACUACACUGAUCAUUCCGAGAAGAGAGUGUGUGUGUGUGUGUGUGUGUGUGUGUGUGUGAGAGAGUUGUUUUGGACUGUAUGACAAGCCUCCAUCAUGGCAGUAGUGUGUCUAUCCGUCCAGAGAGCGAUGUGUUUCCUACACCAGAUGUGUUCAUUAUCAGGCAGCUGCUGUAAACAUGAGGACAGUGACACUACGCUGUUCAACACCACUCUCUUCAGACUGCUGCUUCGCCAGGACAGUAGUUGAGCUGAACCAGAGCCCACGCUGAUGCCAGAUAAAGCCCUUCUCCACUCAAGCUGUGUUAGAUAUUGUGUCCUGAUCCUUUCAGAGCUUCUGUAGCGUCAAGCGUCUGUGAUCACAAACUUCAGAGAAUCACACUAUCAUCUGCUCACUCAUAAACACCACAGAGUGAAACAGACACGUGUGUGUGUGUGUGUGUGUGUGUGUGUGUGUCCAGCUUCCUGCAGCUGAAGCACAUCAGCAAAACAACAGCGAUCAUCAGGAGAUGUUCACUUACACUGUUUUGAAACUACACUGAUUUCUGGGUUACUACAUUUAUAAACAGCUAACUAAAAUAAGAAAGUCUAUGUUGAAAGUUCUUCUAACCGUGACACGAGGAGGGAAUCAGAUUUACUCUGAUAUCUGAGCUGUAAUCUGUCUCUGUAGACGCUGUUCUUCAGGGCUGUAGUGUGUAGAUCGUGCUGCAGGUGUGUGUCUCUGAAACACACUUCACUAUUUCACUAUUUCACUCUGGGUCAAAGGGCUCCUGCUGCUCACUUUCCUCUCUGUGUUCUCUCUGCUGCUAUUGGCUGGUUCUGUAAAUGGGCGGGACCUUCGAAGCCAAUGAUGUUCUCUGAUGUUUGUGUUGUUGAUGCAUUCUGGGAUUCUUUCAGACGGAUGCUGUGCUUCUCUUGUGUGUUAAACGUGUUUGUGUUUUACUAUUAUCUCGCUUCGUAUGACUGUGUCACAAGCUUCUGUCUUCAGUGCAACAUUCCGUCUGUUUUCAUUUUUUAAAGAAUAUUUUUCUACUGAUUUUGUGCACAUAAAGCAGUAAAUCUUAACUCUGAUGUACUAUGUUUUUAAUUCUCUGUAAAUACAGUUCACAUUUGUGUAAAAAUGUGCAUUAAAAAUUUCUAUCCAUGUUAA